AUGUCCACUGCUAGACCAAAACAACAUAUUCAGAAACCUGAUGUUACUGUCAGAGACAAGAAGCUAGAGCCAUUGAAUGUUCAGUUGAAGAAGAUUGAUCAAGAAUUAUCAUUGAUCAAGCAACAAAUUGAUAAUACCGAUUUCUCCAAAGAUGCUAAGAAUUCAAAGGAAAAGCUGCAAGGUGAAUUGAAGGAAGUGAUCAAAACUCAAUCGGACUUGAAGGCUAAGAGACAACAAAUCCAUGACCAGAUUAAGUUCUUGGAUGCUCAAAUCAAACGUAAAUCUGGUGAGAUCAACGAUUUGGUCGGUAAGAACAAGAAGUUCCAAAAUGUUGGUCAAAUCAAGCAAAGAUUGGCUGAAAUUGACGAUGAAAUCGCUUCUGGUGACUUAUCCUUGGUGGAGGAAAGGUUAAGAGUCAAGGAAAUGCAAAGUUUGCACAAAUUGUCCAAAGAUUUCCAAGUUGUGGAACCAAUUAGAAAAUCUAUCGAAGAAGAGAAAGAACAAAUUGAUGCUUUGAAGAAGGAAUUGAACGCUUCUAACCCGAAGGAGGUUGCCGCAAAGUUCGAAACUAUCCAAGGUCAGAUCAAUAACUUAAACUCUAAGAACCAAGUUGUUUACGACAAGAGAAAGACUUUAAUCACUAAGCGUUCUGCCUUGUACAACAAGCGUGACGAAAUCUACACUCAAAUUAGGAAGAUCAGAGGUGAUUUCGACAACGAAUUCAAGUCAUUCAAGAAGAAGUUGGAUGAGCAGCGUUUGAAACGUGAAGAAGACGAAAAACUAUCCAAGAUCUUAGAAGAUAAGGAAGAAAAAGUGGGCAAGCUACAAGAAAGACUAAACCAUGCCAAACAGCCUGCUUUCACCUUCGAAUUGGAAUCCAUUGAGAAUAUGUUGACUGUUUUGGAUCCAACUUACGUUAAGCCAGUGAAGAACGUCUUGGGUAUCGAUUUCGGUAGCACAUCUCAACAAACUGCCACCCCAACUAAGACUGUUGAUUCUGAAGGGUUAGUGCCAAUCGUUAAGGAAAGAGAAGGAUUCUUCUCCGCUUCAACCGCUUCCAAAUCAAAGAAACACAAGAAGAAGGCGCAAUCUACAAAGUUCUCUCUAGAGCCAUCCAUGAUCGCCUUGUUGGCCGAAUUAGAUAUCAGAGUACCAUUAUCCAAGGGCGAUGUUCCAGCCACUGUUGAACAGUUGAAGGCUAAGCAUGAGGACUUGACUGCCAAGCAACCAGAAGCUACUGAAAAGAACAUUGCAGAAGCUGAAGAACAGCUCAAGAAACUUAACUUAGAGUACGAAGCUAAAGAACAGAAAGUUAAGGAAGAAAUUGAAGCCAAAAAAUUGAAGGAACAAAAGGAAAAGGAGGACGCUGCUGCCGCUGAUGCCGCUGUCCCAACUGAAGCUUAA